GCGGCGAGGGCCGGGCCCCGGGCCGGCUUCCACCCCCACCUCCCCUCCCCGCCCCGGCUCGGUGCCCUCAGUCUCUUCGCUCCACGUCGCCCCGGCUCCCCGGGGGAUGCCCCGGACCAGGCUCUCUCCAUGGCUGCCGACGUUUUCAUGUGUUCUCCGCGUCGGCCCCGCAGUCGGGGCCGCUCGGUGGUGCUGCUCAAGCCUCAGGGGCCGGAGGACGACGACGACUCGGACACGGACGAGCCGUCUCCGCCGCCCCCCUCCGGCGUGGCCACGGCAGCCCGGGCCCACGCGAGCGCCGCACUGCUGCCGCCCCGGGCCGGGCCGGGCCGCGAGGAGCCUCCCCGCCGGCAGCAGAUCAUCCACAGCGGCCACUUCAUGGUGUCCUCUCCGCACCGCGAGCACCCGCCCAAGAAGGGCUAUGAUUUCGACACGGUCAACAAGCAGACGUGCCAGACCUAUAGUUUCGGCAAGACCAGCUCCUGCCACCUGUCCAUUGAUGCUUCGCUCACCAAGCUCUUCGAGUGCAUGACCCUGGCCUACAGUGGGAAAUUAGUGUCUCCAAAGUGGAAAAACUUCAAGGGCCUGAAGCUCCAGUGGCGGGACAAGAUCCGGCUCAACAACGCCAUCUGGCGGGCGUGGUACAUGCAGUAUCUGGAGAAACGCAGGAACCCUGUGUGUCACUUUGUCACGCCACUGGACGGCUCUGUUGAGGCAGACGAGCACCGCCGGCCAGAGGCCAUCACCACAGAGGGCAAAUACUGGAAGAGUCGCAUUGAGAUUGUGAUCCGAGAAUAUCACAAGUGGAGGACCUACUUCAAGAAAAGGCUACAACAACACAAGGAUGAGGACCUCUCGAGUCUGGCCCAGGAUGAUGACAUGCUCUAUUGGCAUAAACAUGGAGAUGGUUGGAAAACCCCAGUCCCCAUGGAGGAGGACUCCCUGCUGGACACAGACAUGCUCAUGUCAGAAUUCAGUGACACCCUCUUCUCCACACUUUCUUCACACCAACCAGUGGCCUGGCCCAACCCACGGGAAAUAGCACAUUUGGGAAAUGCAGACAUGAUCCAGCCAGGCCUGAUCCCUUUGCAGCCCAACCUGGACUUCAUGGACACCUUUGAACCUUUCCAGGAUCUCUUCUCUUCCAGCCGAUCCAUUUUUGGCUCCAUGCUGCCUACACCUACGUCAGUACCUGCCCCAGAUCCCGGCAGCCCACCUUCUCAGGGGAACAUCUUGCCAAACCCAGCUCUUCCCGCCGUGAACCUUCCCAACAGCCUCAUUGCAUCCUCUGCAUCCCCGUCCCUGGACCCCACAGACGGGCAGGCUUGUGAACGCACUUCCCAGACCGUGGACCCGUUUAUUCAACCUGCGGACUUUGGUCCCUCUGAGCCACCACUGAGUGCCCCACCGCCCUUCCUUCCUGUCCUCACUAUGACCUUGCUUCCCCCUGGCCCUGCCCCGGCACCUGUCCCAACCGUACUGCCCUUGGUCUCUCCUCCUGCCUCUGCUCUGAGCCCUUCAGCCCCACCGGCUCUCCUGCAGCCACAGAAGCUUGCUGGGGUCAGCAAGUCAGCCCCCGUAAUUACCCACACUGCCUCGGCCACGCUUACCCACGACGCUUCUGCUACCACCUUCAGCCAGAGCCAGGGUCUGGUUAUCGCAGCACACCACCCAGCCCCCUCGUCAUCCCCCUGUGGUCUGGCAUUGUCACCAGCUGUGGGACCUCCCCAGCCUCAUUUAACUUUUAUACACCCCAAACCUGUGACCUUGACUGGAGUGAGACCCAAGCAGCCCCCCAAAAUAGUGCCUGCUCCCAAGCCUGAGCCCGUGUCCUUGGUGCUGAAGAACGCCUGCAUCGCUCCAGCCGCCUUCUCAGGCCAGCCGCAAAAGGUGAUCAUGACAUCAGCCCCUCUGAAGAGAGAAGGGAUUCUGGCAUCUACUGUGUCCCCUUCCAACGUGGUCAUUGCCUCUGCUGCCAUCACCAGGGCUUCUGGGGUCACAGAGUUCCUCAGCCACAGCACAAGCAGCCAGCCUACCCCUGUCUCUCGGCUCUUCUCCCCAAGUACAGUGCAAGACUCCCUGGGGAAGGGCGAGCAGGUCCCACUGCAUGGGAGUAGUCCCCAGGUCCCUGCCACGGGCUCUGGCCGUGAAUGCCCCAACUCAGGGCAAGCCUCUCCAUGCCCAUCAGAACAAAGUCCUAGUCCUCAGUCUCCCCAGAACAACUGCUCAGGGAAAUCUACAGACCCCAAAAACGUGGCUGCAUUAAAGAACCGGCAGAAGCACAUCUCGGCUGAACAGAAAAGGCGUUUCAAUAUCAGGAUGGGCUUCAACACCCUCAACAGUUUGAUCUCCAAUAAUUCCAAGCAGACCAGCCAUGCCAUCACACUGCAGAAGACCAUGGAGUACAUCACCAAGCUGCAGCAGGAGCGGAUGCAGAUGCAGGAGGAGGCCCGGAGGCUUCGGGAGGAAAUUGAGGAGCUCAACACCACCAUCAUCUCCUGCCAACAGCUGCUGCCUGCCACAGGAGUCCCUGUCAACUGCCGCCAGCUGGACCACAUGAAGGACAUGUUUGAUGAGUAUGUGAAAAGCAGGAUCCUGCAGAAUUGGAAAUUCUGGAUUUUCAGCAUGAUCAUCAAGCCGCUGUUUGAGUCUUUCAAGGGGAUGGUGUCCACCAGCAGCUUGGAGGAGUUUCACCGCACGGCACUUUCCUGGCUGGACCAGCAUUGCUCUUUGCCUGUCCUCAGGCCAAUGGUACUGAGCACCCUCCGGCACUUGAGCACCACCACCUCCAUCCUGACAGACCCGUCCCAGCUGCCAGAGCAGGCAUCAGAGGCUGUUUCCAGGAUCGGCAAGAGACUGGGGGAAUCGUAAGCGUAGUUGGCAUGUGACUGCAUGAGACGCCUGAAGAUCCCCCGUACCCUUCCUGACACACCGCCUCGGGGCCACCUUGACUCCAGUGGCCUACUGCCCCUGUCAGGAUGCUGUGCUCAGGUCUGAAGCAGGUUUGGGGCCUGCCCACAGCAGUAUCCCAUCUUGGGAACCCUUGCUGUGACCUCUCACUCAGUGACCUCAAUCACCAGUCUCCCCUGCAUUUGGGGUGGCCCAGACAAAGGGAAACAUGGCUGUUCUGCUCCUGCCCUCCUGGCCUGUUGGGGCCCAGGGCCAGCAAGUGCGAGACAAGGAGACAAAGCCCGUUCCUGCAGGUGGGGAUCAUCGGGGCCCCUCACAAGUCCUUUCUUGAGACUUAGAGACUCGGCCCCUGUCACAUGGUCGUCUGCUUGUGCCCCUCCGCAACCCCUGCACACUUUCUGGCCUCUGCAGCAGCAGUGAAGUCUCCGUCUCUUGCAACCCUGGCAGCAGCUGACCCUCUGGGCUACAUUCUGACCUCUGCAGAAAGGAACGCCUCCUCCCUGGUGUCCCCUCUAGAAGGGAAACCUGCUUCCCAAGCCUGAGCGCACAUGGAAAACAAUGGCUGUGGAGGCCAGCUGGUCAGGGCGGCAGCACAGGCAAUGCAGAGCCGCUCUGCUGGCUCAGAAAUCCUCGAGCAGUGUCCCGUCCACCGUGUCUCAGUUCUGCCUGGUUUGCGGUCACCGUGACGGUCCCAACGCUGCCAGGGACGUGGCCCAGAGCCUCUGAGGCCCUCCUGUGCCAGCCCCCCCCCCCCCUCACUUGGAAGCUGUGGAAGAGGCAGAUACACUGCAGGGUCAGUCCUGCUCUUGGGUCUGGUGUUCACAGGUCACACUCCAGGAUGCUGCUAUCAUCCUGGUCAUUCUCUCUGAAGUUUGGGAGCCCCAGACCAGGACAGUUCUCAGACCAAAGAUGUCAUUGUAAGAGAGAAGUCUGACCCGGCUUGUGUUAGGAGGAAGAAACAGAAAGCUGAAGCUGGCUCCAGGCUAGAUGGCCAAGAGCUGUGCUCAGAUUUGGACUAGUGAAGUUUGGAGGGUGACCGUGUCUGAAGGUUCCAGUGCCCCAUUGUGUGUGUUACAGGGAGAGGUUGGGGGAGGGGCACUUGACCCCCAUCCUUCUCUUUGCUGCCUCUGAGAUGCUGCAGGCCUGAAGUACUCUCUCCAGCUCUCAGGGAGCCCAGUCCAGGGCACCUCCCGGGAAGAAUGUGCGUUUCGUCCUGCUGUGACAUGGAGAGCAGGCGGGGAGGGGGGAAGGGGUGGUGUUCUUAGACUGCCCUGCCCCCUCCUCACCAUGCUGCCUGUCCUGAGGGGACCACCUGAAGAGGGGAGCCCAGGAUGUUCCCUGAAGCUGUGACCCAUGGAAGCGCCUGCUGAGGCCUGCCCCAACUAAGUAGGUGGAGAGAGAAAGGGUGGGGGCUGCUGGCUGCAUCGCCAUUGAUGCUAUGAGCCCUGACCGCAUGCUUGCGCCAUUGUCUGGUUUCUGUCCUGUUUGGGAUAGCUUGGGGGCCUCCUCAGCCGACCCCAAAAACGUGUUUACAGGUUGAGGGAUGAACACAAGGCACAUAGGCUGGACCUUGGACUUUCCACCGGGUACCUGUUCCUUUCCCAAAAAGGUGAAAUUGUCCUUCAGAAGGCGAAGGCCACUGUGGUAGGAGGGAGCCAAGCCGCUGCUGUGAGGGCCUCAAGAAGCCCAGCCCUUCCUCCUCACGGGCCGCGGGCCGCACUGUGGCCAUGAGGACUCCAGUUCUCUCCACCCUUGCUGGGGAGUAACCUUGUUUUUCAAACUCUGUGGGUAUAAGAUUGGCCCUUUGCUUCUCUUGCCUACCUCUCCAUUUUGCUGAGUUAAUCUCAUCUUGUUUCAUCAGAUGUUUAAGGCUGUUAGAUUGUGUAAAACUGGGGGUGAGGGGGAGAGGGAAGAGAGAGAGAGAGAGAGAGAGUGAG